AUGUCUUCAGUAAUUCGAUCAUCGCUACGACAGUCGAGCAGAGCUGCUCAGCAGCUCGCCCGCGGAGCUGGCGCCAGGUCCUACUCCUCGGCCAACCCUCCCCCGGCUCAAGGAGGAGCCAAUCGGACUUUAAUCCUCGGUCUCGUGGCCGUCACAGUCCCAGCUGUAUACCUCCUAUCGACGCGCAACGCCAAGGCACAAGAGAAGCCCGCAGCCGAGAAAACACACGCGCCACCCCAGGUUCACCCCGACCCAGCCGAGAGGGCGCGGCUCGCCAAGGAGAAGCUCGCAGCCAACGACGGCAAGGUCAAGUACGAACACCCGGAGCAUCUCGAGCCCGACAAGUACAAGCCGGCGUUUGGGCGGGUUCACGAGCGGAAGAGAGUCGAUGGCCCGCCGGAUGGGCGGAACCACCAGGAACUGCAUGAUAGACAAAAGCAUCUUUAA